GCGCUAAUAACUUGCUCUAUUUAAGAACGUUGCACUAUCGCUGAAGGGAGCUUAAUGUGACCUCUGACCUAAACCGGAACCAUGCUGUCAUUGACGAUCAGAGAGAUUCUCACCCAUUUGAAAGAUGGAAGGAUCUCUGCUAAAGAGUUAUGUGAAAAAUGCCUGGAACGAUCACGCCAUGCACGGGAGCUCAACUUCCUCAUUAAAGAAACCACGGAACUGGCACAGACGUCUGCUGCAGACUCGGACAAAAGAUUGAACAAAAACCUGCCCCUUCGUAACUUAGAGGGUGUGCCAAUGGUGUUCAAAGACAAUUUUUGUACCAAGGAUAUCCCUACAACAUGUGGAUCUCGGAUGUUGUCCAACUUUUCUCCACCGUACAAUGCUACAAUGGUGGAGCGAACAGCAUCAGCAGGGGCUGUCAUCAUCGGUAAAGCCAACAUGGACGAGUUCGCCAUGGGGUCAGCAAGUGUGGACAGCGUGGCUGGACCAACCAUCAACCCAUGGAGGUACAAGUUCAGGAAGAGGCAUGGCAAGGAGGGACCUGACAGAAGGAAUGACCAAUCACAACACUCUGACCAUGUGACCAGUUCCUCCUCCCCUGACUGGCACAUAGCUGGAGGGAGUUCUGGAGGCAGUGCUGUGUCAGUUGCUGUUGGAGCUUGUUAUGCCGCCUUUGGUUCCGACACUGGAGGUUCGACACGUAACCCGGCCUCCUACUGUGGUGUGGUGGGACUGAAGCCAACGUAUGGUCUGCUGUCUAGACACGGCCUCAUCCCCCUGGUCAACUCCAUGGAUGUCCCGGGCAUCAUCACCAGGACGGUGGAGGAUACAGCCACUGUUUUAAAUGUAGUUGCUGGACAUGACUUCCAUGACUCCACCACUGUACCUGACCACUUUGACUCGGUCUCUCUGUCCAGUGAGUUCUCAGUCAAGGGCCUACAUGUUGGUGUUCCAAAGGAGUAUUUCGCCCCCGGCACUUCACCAGAUGUAGUGUUGGCAUGGCAACGGGCAGCUGACAUGUUUGAGAAGGGGGGUGCCCGAGUGACGGAGGUGUCGCUCCCCCACACACAGUACUCCAUCAUCUGCUACAACGUCCUCUGCUGCUCUGAGGUGGCCUCCAACAUGGCUCGCUACGACGGGAUAGAAUAUGGUUUGCGAGCCCCUGUAGAUAAUUCAACUGAAGAACUGUAUGCCCAAAGUCGACGCGAUGGUUUCAACUAUGUGGUCAGGUCAAGAAUCCUCAAUGGAAAUUGGUUUCUACUGAAGAGGAACUACGAGGACUACUUCAUUAAGGCUCAGAGGGUGAGGAGGCUCAUCAGUGAUGACUUCCGGAGGGUGUUCGCCAGUGGCGUGGAUGUCCUGUUGACUCCAACAACGCUUGCCGAUGCUCCACUAUACAGUGACUACAUAUGUGAGGACAACAGAACUCGCACGGAGCAGCAUGACGUGUACACUCAGUCUGCCAACAUGGCAGGUAUUCCGGCUGUUAACGUCCCAGCCUGUUUGUCAACACAAGGGCUCCCAAUUGGACUUCAGUUCAUCGGGAAUCAUUUUCAGGAACAGAAGCUGUUGUCAGUAGCUCAGUGGUUUGAGCAGCAGGUGAACUUUCCAAGUUUGAAUCUUGAUCAUCUGGACACAGAACCUCCAGUGGUAGCUUUAGCACAAGGCCCGUGAUUUACAUGUAGUGUGUGUGAAUGUGGUAUGUGUGUGAUGUUCCCAGAGAUAAAAAUAAACUCUUAGUCAACGGUU